UCUAUCUCUGUAUCUCUCUUAUUCUUUCUCUGAUUGUCCUUACUCCCUCAUACAUCCCAUCAUUUUCUUAGUUCAUUUAUUAAAUUAUUUAUUAGCAAAUAACCACAUAUUUUUAUAUUUUAAACCUACUAUAAAAUAAACCAACGAAAUUGUGAGCUCGUAGUAAAAGUACGUGAAGUGCAGUGAAAGGAAGACGAUCCUAAUCGCAUGCGAUUACGAUUUUCUCCAAUUUGAUAUAUCUUAAACGGUGGUAGGUUUAUUGGCACAGUACGGCUCUUCUACAGUUACCGUUUUAUUAAUCAUGAUUAAUCUAGUUAUUCAUUUCAAUGGCGCCAAUCUUAAUUUUCAUUCGAUUUGUCCCGUUGUCUUAUUCGCUUUCUUCUUUGAUACAAUUGACGUUACUGUUUUGGAACAUGUCAAUUUCGGAUACAGUGGUUCACAUGGUCCUGACCACUGGGCAGAAAAUUAUGAUACAUGCGUUGGAAAACAUCAAUCGCCGAUAAACAUCCAAGAACAUGACGUACGAGAUAUAAAUUUACCACUUUUAAUAUUUUCCGGAUUAGAUACGCCAAGAAAAUUUUUUUUGAUAAACAAUGGACAUACGGCUUUGCUUUACAGUUCUAAAGAUAAUAAACAGUUUUAUAUGUCGGGUGGGCCAUUGAAUGGCAUCUAUGUUUUCGAACAACUUCAUUUUCAUUGGGGAGAAAACGACAGGGAAGGUUCGGAAGAUCUCAUAAACAACCAUUCAUUUGCAAUGGAAUUACACGCUGUUUUUUAUAAAGAUAAAUACGGCUCUAUGAACGAUGCAAUUCAUAACCCAGACGGUUUGGCAGUGAUUGCUUUCUUCUUCGAGGCUGAAGUAAAUGAUCGUGCAAAUCCUUUAUUUGAUACGAUAGUGGAAGCACUACCGAAGAUUGAAAAGGUGGGAACGGAGAUCCAAUUGUCAGAAAAUAUGCAUCUAGGGCACUUGUUGAAUCCAGCUGGACCACCUAGUGACAGAAUGCAAAAUUAUUUCACAUACAACGGUUCUCUCACAACACCACCUUGUUCCGAAGUCGUGACAUGGAUCGAUUUUAAAUAUCCACUUUACCUUUCUCAUUUGCAGAUUGCAGCAUUUCGGAAUAUUAGAGGUUUUGAGGGACACAAACUAACUCAUAAUUUUCGACCUGUGCAGCCUUUGUCUGAUCGUCGAGUGCUGCAUAAUUUGCCAAAUAAGAAAUUUAAUACAAAAUCCGAGGCAAUUCAAAUAAGCCCUUCACAUCACGUCCUUCCAUUUCUUAGUCUUAUAUGUCUUGCUUAUCUUUUUCUCUAACUCAUGAUAAGUAAACUAUAUCAUUUUUCUUACCAGUUGCGUAAGCGUUUAUUAUACGUAUUUAUACGUUACACAUAAACAGAC